UCAGAUUGCAGCGGGAUGAAAAAAAAAAGCAUAGACCCGGAAUGAUAGGAGGACAGGAGACUGCAGCAGCUGAACUCUGGAAGCCAGAGCUGGAUGAGGGACCUGAGUGAGAGGAGGCUUGGGCAUCCGGAGCUGAAAGCUGAGCAGCAGACACCACCGGAGCCUGUGAGGGCACGAUUGAGCAUGGGGCUUGCUUGCAAAAAAACCCGCACCACUGCAGAGGCGUCCUCUCUGGAACAUGGAGACAAGGUUUUUGGAAAAAAUCCCAGUCCCCUGGAAGAGAUUAAGAGACUACUGAAGAUCUCCAGGGCACUGCAAGCCAGGUCUGUACCCUCCAGCCAGGAGAAGGCAAAAGAUCUUUCUGGAGAGCCUGGGCAGCCAGAGGGGAAAGGCCAAGAAACCUAUCCUGGCCCUGGGGAAGUGGAGGGUAAGGCAGAAAAAAACAUGAGAAAGGAUGAUGUUUGCCCAGACAUGAAAUAUAUCAGCGGAUGGUCUCUCAUGGAAGAAGCCAGGGCAGCUACACCCAAUGACUUAGCAAUGAGAAACACCAAACCAGACAAACACCAAAAAAAAUGGGAA